AUGCUUACAAUACUUAUUAGAUGCGCCACUGUUGCCUGGUCGCCGCACUGCUUCUAUACCCGCGAUGACAUCAUUGUGCUCGAGCAGUUGGAUGAACGCAACUACGCUCUCUGCUCAGAAACCGUGAACGUUCUCAGCGAACACUACAUGCGCUCGGUGCUACGCGGCCUGGCAGCUCAGCAUGCAUCCUGUUUCACACUCGAAACCAAAGAGGGCAUGUGCAUCGGUGACGCCUAUCCUCAAUUGCAAGAGGAGAUCACCGUAUCGGCGCAGGUGCCUUGGUACACCACUGGUUUGCGUGCCAUACUUGCCGUCGCGAAGUCGCAAUUGGUGUCGCAAUCAAUCGACGUACGUACAGAAAUUGAAAGUCGCCUUGCUUCGGCUGCCGAAAGCGUCUACGAAAUGACAAAUCGCUCAUCCAAGUACCGGAAUGUGCUUUGUCAUCGCGAUAUUUGGCGUGGGAAUAUAUUUUACAGCAGCGUUGCUACUUCGACGGAUACAAACGCAAACGAGCGUUCUGUCAUAUUUGUGGACUAUCAGACUGCACGCUACUGUCCGCCAGCUAUCGAUGUAAUCUUCGCUCUUUUCAUGAAUCUUGAUAAGUCCACAAGAAAGUCGAAAGAAAAGGAAUACCUGCGGUACUAUUAUGAUUGUCUGGAGCGGGAUUUGAGUUCGAAUGGUUUGGUAGCAGCGGAUCAUCUUACUUACUCUGAUUUGCAUGCUUCGUAUGAGGAACUCCAGCUGUUCGGUUUGUUCUAUAGAGCAAUUGCCACAACCAUCGUGAAAGUUCCCCGGCAGUAUGUGACCAAUGAUUAUGUCCAUGUGGAACGUACCGAAGCGGUGUUUAAGCUGAUGGGAAGACUACCUCAGUUUCGGGAGUAUUUAGAAGAGUGUAUUCAAGAAAUGUUGGAAUUCCUAAUUGCUCAAAAUGCAAAAUAGAAUUUAAGGCUGAUUUUUUUUUUGUAGCUUAUGACCAAAGAUUUGA